ACGCAGCAGCCGCGAGCCGGGGCGGCCGGUGCCAGACGGUUCCGGCGGGGGGCAGGGGCGGGGCGCUGCAGGAGGCCAGGGACUCCCGACCGAGGAGCCCCACGGAGGCCCAUCUGACUCCUGACGAGUUGCCAUGGCAUCCUACUACGACAUCCUAGACGUGCCGCGAAGUGCGUCCGCUGAUGACAUCAAGAAGGCGUAUCGGCGGAAGGCUCUUCAAUGGCACCCAGACAAGAACCCGGAUAAUAAAGAAUUUGCUGAGAGAAAGUUCAAGGAGGUGGCGGAGGCCUAUGAAGUGCUGUCAGACAAGCACAAGCGAGAGAUCUACGACCGCUAUGGCCGGGAGGGGCUGACUGGGGCUGGAGCUGGCCCAUCCCGCGCAGAACCUGGUGGUGGUGGGCCGGGCUUCACCUUCACCUUCCGCAGCCCCGAGGAGGUCUUCCGGGAGUUCUUUGGGAGUGGAGACCCUUUUGCGGAGCUCUUUGAUGACCUGGGCCCCUUCUCCGAGCUUCAGAGCCGGGGUUCCCGACACUCGGGCCCCUUCUUCACUUUCUCUUCCUCCUUCCCUGGGCACUCUGAUUUCUCCUCCUCCUCUUUCUCCUUCAGUCCCGGGGCUGGUGCUUUUCGCUCUGUUUCUACGUCCACCACCUUUGUCCAAGGACGCCGCAUCACGACGCGCAGAAUCAUGGAGAACGGGCAGGAGCGGGUGGAAGUGGAAGAAGACGGACAGCUGAAGUCAAUCACAAUCAAUGGUGUCCCGGAUGACCUGGCGCUGGGUUUGGAGCUGAGCCGUCGUGAGCAGCAACAGGCUGUCGCCUCCAGGUCCGGGGGCACACGGGUCCGGCAGACUCCUGCUUCCCGCCCCUCUGACAGCGACCUCUCCGAGGAUGACGAGGACCUACAGCUCGCCAUGGCCUACAGCCUGUCCGAGAUGGAGGCGGCUGGGAAGAAACCCGCAGAUGUGUUCUGAGCUGGAUGUCCGGGAUCCAGAGCUGCUGCACAGUUCCAACAGGACAGCGCCUUCCCUGUGCGCUGGGAGGGGACCCACCAUUCCUCUCCCUCACCCAUGCUAAGCGCAGAGCUGGGCCUGGGUGGUGGGUGGGGGCCGGGUGGGAGGCAUCCUUAGUCUUAGCCUGUGAACUCUUCCCUGGGUGUGUGGUGCUGUCUCUUGGGGACUACGAGUCCCAGAAUGCAACACACCCUGCCUCAUUUCUGAUAGAUCAUGCUAGGGGAAGCGGUGAGUGGUUGUGGAGCUGUGCAUAUUGGGACAUGUAGUUCCAGCCCAGGUCGGCUUGUCACUCGCUGUGAGAAGGGGAGAUCUUGUCAUCUGAUUGGACUCUGGCGGGGGUGGCGAGAAUGUGGAUGAAGGGGUAGUGGACCCAGCUUCGGUUCCCCUGACGCGGCUUGCUAGCCCCGGGCUUAGAGUGUACAAAUGAAAACCCUGCGGCAUCUGGGAGAGGCUCUUUUCCUCUACGCAGUCGGAUCCGAUGGGACGGCCGAGCAGGGCGUGGCCCCGGGAGGCGACUGACAGGCGUGGGCCGGCAGAGAGCUUGGAAGGGGAGGCUUCCAGUGUGAGAGAGUGUGUGCGUGUGUGCGUGUGCGUGUGAGCGCGAGAACACGCACGCAUGCGCGUGGCCGGGGCUGGUCUGUGAUGGGUCCUCCGGGCAUGUUGCUGCUUGUAUGGCUUCCUUGGCCUCUGACCCUGCUGCCCAUUCUUCUUCUCCAACACCACAAAUGAGCUGCCUCUCCUCCUCCCUGCCUGGGGAACCCCGUGGCCAGGGAGGGGAGUGGUGGAAACAGGGUGUUGCCAGCCCUGUGACACGGCAUCCCAGAGACCUAUCAAUAAGCCAGCUGGGCUGAGCUCAGACCGAGAGAGAAACACUGGAAGUCAAUAAAUAAAAAUGUUUCGAGAGCUC